CACGUGUACAACAGAUUGGGAUCCACCCCCUAUGACCGAGGCGAAAGACGUGUUGAAAGAGAUAGUAGUGACAAGAGCUAUGGGGGAAAUCUGUAAGGGGUUCAUAAAACUACUCAAAGCGCAUGUCGUGCAAGGACCGUACCCGCAGAUACUGCUUGACCUAUGGGACAAAUAUCACAAGAAGAAGGGUUCAGAAAGUGUACGGCCUGACCGCUUUGGUUCAACACAGACAUAUGCAAUUAUCAUACUACCGAACGGUGGACCUGAUUUGGAGAACUUCUCCUUCAGUUCGCCUGGCACUUCGGGCUGGAGACAGGCCUGUAGUGUGUUCUGGCAAGUCGUGCGUAGUCUAGGGCACGCUGAAGAGCUCGUCCGAUUUGAGCAUCGUGAUUUACAUUGGGGCCAAAUCCUUGUGCGCAAAACCAUGCAGCCUUCAAGGACAUUGGUUACUGCUCCGCCCGGUACGGUUGCGUUGGACGACCCGUCGCACGGCAUUCAAUCCACUGUUAUUGAUCUCGGCCUCUCCCGUAUCGAUCAAGGCCAGGGAGAUGCGUUCUGGACACCCUUUACAGAUGAUAUAUUUGAAGGAGAAGGAGACUACCAAUACGAUAUAUAUCGGAUGAUGCGGAAACAUAAUAAGGAUGAAUGGGAAUCUUUCAGACCCCUUACGAACGUGAUGGUACGUCAGAUGUUUAGAGUCUGA